AGGGUUUCGAUCCAUCGAGGGUUUGCCAAAACGCCAGCAGCAAGCGCGAGCAGAGACGCGCCAUGCAGAUGCCAGAACCGCUGUGCAGCUGACUCCUGAGCUCUAUCAUCUAGAUGCAUCUGAUGCAGCAUGAUCAUGAUGAACAAUCGUGGCACCACCUUUUCAAGCUCGCAGCAUUGUUGCAUCCGCCCCAUCCCUUUGAUGGGCUUAUGAGAAAGAGAAGAUCCGCACCACCUUUUCUGGAUGUCCAAUGUUUAUGAGCGUCGUUAGUUGACCUGACCAGGGUCUACCUAGGUAUGUGCGCCCAAGCAGCAUUGUCCGGCACUCGAGCCUUCGCCAAGCUCAACUUCAGACGCCCUGAGUCUGCCAGUGCUGUCCUUCACAGUCUCUCACUGACGAUACCUGUGUCGCUUGGCGGCAACAAACCGCUCUUUCAUAGGAGAGACUUACAAAUCUCUCGAGCUCUUCAUUCUAGCGGGGUUACAGUACAAGAGAUGGGAGGAACGGAUAAGAGUGGGAUGCAAGAAAGAGAUGUUUCGCAGCCGGUCGUGUCGAGACGAAUACAGGCCACUGACGAUCCCUGCAUUGUCCAGAUGCAAGAGAUGCUCCGGGGCAGUUCCGACGUCAUGUCACUGGCGCAAGGGAUUGUGCACUGGCAACCCCCAGCAAGUGCUCUUGAAAAGGCCAAGGAGCUGGUCUUCGAAGCGCGGACAAGCGGCUAUGGCGCCGACGAUGGACUACCGGAGCUUAGAGAGGCCCUUCGAGAGAAGCUUCGAAAGGAGAACGGUCUGCAUAACUCAGAGGUCAUGGUAACAGCGGGUGCAAACCAGGCGUUUGUGAACGUCGUGCUGGCGCUGUGCGACCCGUCCGAUACGGUCGCCCUCUUCGUUCCGUACUACUUCAACCACCUGAUGGCCUUCCAGAUGACGGGGAUCACAGAUAUUCUGCUCGGGCACUCGGACCCGGAAACCCUCUACCCCGAUCUAGGCUGGUUGGAGAACGCGCUCUCAGGAAAAGAGCGUCCGAAGCCGAAGCUUGUGGUGGUAACGACACCCAACAACCCGACGGGUGUCGUCAUUCCGGGGGACACGCUGCGGGCAAUAUCGGAAAUGUGCCGGCGAGCGGGUUGCUGGCUUGUGCUCGACAACACAUAUGAGUACUUCGUCUACGGGGACCAUAAGCACGUGUCAAUCGAGGGGGACCACAUCGUGAACAUCUACUCCUUCUCCAAAGCGUAUGGGAUGAUGGGCUGGCGAGUUGGCUACAUCGCGUACCCGCUCGGCGUGGAAGGCCUCGGCAAGCAGUUGCUCAAAGCGCAGGACACCAUUCCGGUCUGCCCGCCUAUAAUUAGCCAGCAGUUAGCCCUUGCGUCCUUGCAAAACGGCGGCCCGUCUUGGGUCAGCGAGAAGAUCCACUCAUUAGGAAACAAUGUAAAUACGGCCCUGUCCGCCUUAGAGCCACUAGGGCCGGGCGCCGUCAAGGCUGGCGGGGGGGCGAUUUACCUCUUCUGCAAGCUGCCGGACAGUGUUGAUCAGAACGAUAAGGAGGUCGUGCGGUGGCUCGCUUAUAAGCACGGUGUGUGCAUCAUACCCGGGUCCGCGUGCGGUGCACCGGGGUAUGUGCGGGUCGCUUUCGCGAACCUUAGGGAAGAGCAGUGCCGGAUAGCAGCGGGUCGGUUGCAGAAGGGGCUAGAGGAGCUCGUAACGAAAGGCAUGACGUCAUGAGGGAUCAACCGAUCUUGGCACGCAUUGACAAGAGUAGCGAUUCUAGAGCAUGGAGGCUCGCCGCGCCAGGAGGUCAGAAGUUCGUCGAGAUGCCAAAGCUGUUGGUACGGUCUCGUUGGAGUCAAGUCUCUUUGGCCGGGCUACUUGAAAGCGCGUUGCAGCAUCGAGUACGUCAAAUUGCUUAAGCAGCUUGCCACGGUUUAAGUCGUGGCGGUGCGUGUAAUGAAACAAGCGGAAUAUUGCACAUGGACGAGGGCAC